AUGCUAUACAUAGUGAUUAUGAAUUGCCUUAAAACCAUUGAAGAGCAGUUGUCUAUGUCGGAAAAUGCAGCACUUGCAUCACCUGAACUUUCUGAAAGACAUUCUGUGGAUUAUGAUGGACCUCUAAAUAUAUUUUACACAUGCGAUUGUGAACUUAAAAGCGUUCUUGUUAAUUUUAGGAAUGCGGUGAUAUGUCGAUCAACGAAGCCUCAAGUCAUAAAGGGCACAUCUUCACUCCUUGUUUUCAAACGUCUACCUUCAAACGUAGACCACGAUUCCUUCCGUGUUGAAAUUAGCAAUCACAGAAAUCAAUAUAAACCAAUUGAACAUUCAAAUAAUAUUUGUUUAAAUGAAUCAGCAACAACAACAACAACAGCGAUACCUCCGACAUCUUUCCUACUAGAUGAAGGAUCACAAUUAGCUUAUAUACAAGAUGUACGAUUUCAUAUAAAUCAAUUAAAUGAUGAUGAUAAUAAAUUAUUUGAACGUUAUAAUUGUUUAUUAAUACAAUUACGUAAAGAGAAACGACGUUAUCAUUAUUUAACCAAUCGUUAUCAAAGAUUAUUUAAACAACAGAAUGUUCUGGAACAUUUUUCAAAUAAUUUAUUAUGCAAUGUAAGUAAUGAAAUAAAGGAUCAUGAUAAUAAUCAUGAUGAUUAUGAUAAUGAUGAUGUUGAUAAAUUAGAUUAUCUUAACCAUUUCAAUGAUUAUACUACUUAUAAUAAUAUGACUACUAUAAGUAGUAUGAAUGGAAUGAAGUUGCCUAAUAAUUAUAAUAAUAGUGAUUAUCUAAUGUCAAGACGCCAUCAACAACAUCAUCAUCAUCAACAACAACAACAACAGCACAAAGUUCGUCAACUUCAUCAAAACAAAUCGAAUAGUACCAUGAAAUCACAUCGUACACGUUCAUUAACACGUAUGAAAAAUAUGAUUAAAGAUUGUAAUGUCAAAGAGAAAAAUUCCAAUUCUAAUAUGAUUAUUCAAAAUGAAAUAAUACAACUUAAUCAAGUAGAAGCAAUGCGUAAUUUUUUUACACUUUAUACAGUACAAUCACAACAAUUAGAUGAAGAUACAAUUAAUGUUAGUGAAGAAUUAGAACAAUGUAAAAUUACAAUGAAUCAAUUAAUUGAACAACUUGAUGAAAUUGAAUUAUGUCGAAAUCAUUUAGUUUCUAAAGAACUUCAUGUACUUUUAGAAGCACAUUCAUCUUUGAAUCCAGAUUUAGAAAUAACGUAUACAGUUGAUCAUGUUUCAUGGACUCCUAGCUAUGAUAUAAGACUUUCAAGUUCAACAGCAACAUUAAAAAUUAUUUACUAUGGAACUAUAUGUCAGAAUACUGGUGAGGAUUGGGAAUUUGGUAAAUUAACUUUAUCAACCGCUGAACAAGAUCAUUUCAAUGAUGUACAAGAAUUAAAGUUAGAGCAGUUAUCAUUUAAAAACAGUGAAAAUGUUGUUCGUAGACGUCAACAUAUUGAUAAAUUUGUAAGAAAGUCAAAAGCACGUUCAUUUCACUUAGAUGAUUCAAAUGAUCAUCAAACAGUAUCAUCAUCAUUAUUUCCUUUAAAAGAAAUAGUUACUGGACAAUAUCAUUACAAUGAAUACAAAAAUGAAACAUACAAUCAAAUUGAUCAAACAAUAAAUGAUUCAAGAAGUAGACUAGAACGUAGUCAUUUAAAUGAAGCAAAUCAUCAAAGAUCAUUAUCAAGUCAACGUUAUUAUACAAAUAAAAAUGAAAAUCAUUUAAUCAAUAAUACAGAUUAUAUAUUAACUCAUUACCCUUCUAUAUCAUUAGAUAGUAUUAUACUUAAACAAAAUAAUGAUUCAAAUUAUAAUUCAAUAAAAGUGGGAAAUUUUUCUACUUUAAAUAAUUUUAAAAAAAUAUUAAAAAAUAAAAAAAAUUAUUUUCCAUCUCUUUCAUUUGAAAUAUCAAAACCACCAAAAUCUAUAAAAGGUAAUGGUGAACCACAUCGUGUUACUAUUGGUAUAUUAGAAUUUAAACCAAUAUUAAAAUAUAUUACAAUACCGAAACAAACACCAAAAGCUUUUCUACGUGCUACAAUGCAUAAUCUAUCAGAAUAUGCAUUAUUAGAAGGUCAAGCAAGUGUAUAUAUUGAUAAUAAUUUUAUAGGAAAAACAAAAUUAUCUGCUACUGCUGUACAAGAAGAAUUCACAUGUGAAUUAGGCUAUGAUCCUGGUAUACGUGUCACAUAUAUGCCAAAACAUAAAUAUAAAAAGACUGGAACAUUUCUUGGUAAUAAAACAAUGUCUAUAGUAUGUAAACAAGUUAUAUCAGUAGAAAAUAGUUAUCCAAGAAGUAUGAAACUUUUAGUGAUCGAUCAACUGCCAGUUAGUACAGAGGACAAAUUAAAGAUUCAACUUAUUGAACCAUCAAUUAAAAAUCCAGAUAAAUAUGAUCCAACGAAACCAAUAAGAAUAAGUAAAACGAAAUCAAUUGAAUGGGAUAUCGAACUUGCUCCAUAUGAAUCACGUGAACUUGUUUUAAAAUAUCUUGUCGAAUAUCCAUCUAUUAAAGAUAUUGACAUUUCAACACUGGGUAUAUGAUAAUGUAAAUGGAAAGAAAGGAGUAGUACAACAAGAAACGAGUAAAUUACCACCCAGAAACUGUCGGGUUUGCGAACUUUUUUUCCACGUUACCAUGCCAAACGUUUUACAUUUAACAAUAUGUUCUAACUAUAAAAAAAUUUUUUUUAUUAAAGUUUAUAAAUCGACAUUU